UAGCACAUGCGCACUGUGUACCUACAUCUAUUGGGAAGCCACAAAUGCCAUUACGGAGCCAGUCGACUGUGUUUACUGUUGUUUGUGUGUGAUUGAAAUGCCGCCGCUCGUUGAGAAUCCUGCCGACUGCAAAGUGCGUGCCGUUAUUCGUUUUCUCAGUGCUAAAGGCUCGAAAGCGGCUGAAAUUCAUCGCCAAAUCAGUGAAGUUUAUGGUGAAAGCGUUAUGAGUAAUGGAAUGGUACGAAAAUGGGUUAGGGCCUUUAGUAAUGGCCGCACAAACAUUCAUGAUGAGGAACGAAGUGGGCGACCUUCAGUCAUUAUCGACGAUUUGAUUGAAAAAGUGGACUGUAGAGUGAAAGAGAACAGACGAUUCACGAUUUCAUCUUUAUCUAAAGAGUUUCCUGCAGUUUCAAGAAGUGUUCUCUAUGAAAUUAUGACCGGACGAUUAAAUUAUUGGAAGUUGUGUUCCUGUUGGGUGCCGAAAAUGUUGACGGAGGAGCACAAAACCAAACGUUUGGCCAGUGCAUUGACUUUUCUUGAGUGCUACAGUGAUGAGGGAGAUUAUUUUUUAAGCCGUAUGAAACAUGGGUACCUACAUUACACCGGCGAUGAAACAUGGGUAGCCUACAUUACACCGGAAUCGAAGCAACAAUCCACGGAAUGGCGACAUUCAUCAUCUCCAAGGAAAGUCAAGUUCAAGCAAACAAUUUCUGCUCAGAAAAUCAUGUGCACAGUGUUUUCAGACAGAUACAGAGUGUUGCUUGUUGAUUUUUUGCCUCAUGGUGAAACAAUCAAUUCAGCUGCAUACUGUGAGACUUUAAAAAAACUGCGCCGUGCAGUACAAAACAAAAGGCGGGGCUUACUGACCAAAGGUGUCAUUUUGCUCCACGAUAAUGCUCAUCCACAUACGUCAAAUCAAACUCAAGACCUAAUCACAUCAUUUGGCUGGGAACAAUUAGACCACCCUCCAUACAGUCCCGACCUAGCGCCGAGUGACUAUCAUUUGUUUCUGCAUUUGAAGAAGCAUCUGGCAGGGCAGCGCCAUAACAAUCACGACGAAGUCAAAACGAUCGUUCUGUGGUUGUCUCAUCAGGUGGCAACAUUCUUUGAGGAUGGAAUACAAAAGCUGGUCCCACGAUACGAUAAGUGUCUCAAUAUUAAUGGGAAUUAUGUAGAAAAGUAG